AUGGCAUUGGAGUCAACAUUGAAGGACGUUGUGGCAGCUAGCGUUGUGUCUAGGCUAGCUGCCUCCUCUCCAGGCGACGAGCCACGCGGUGUGAGUCGAGAGCCGAAGUUGAGUCCACCUGCCGAGCCGAGCGUCGUGAGUUGUCGUGAGUCGUUCGUGGCCGCCGAUUCAAAACAAACGUCGUCAUCAUCGAACGCUGUCUGUUGUUCAAAAGGAGAACAUCCGAUUACAGUUCAAGAUGAUUCAAGACACCUCAGUCGACAUUGGCAGCAAGUCAACUGCAGCGAGAUGGCCGACGGGGACAGCGACUCGGAGGAGGCGGAGGCGGCCGCCAAGAAGCACCCCGAGCUCCACGGGGAGGGCCAGCCCGGAGAGUGGCGCCACGACCCAACGAACCUGCCCCUGUCCGACGACCCUGGCCCGCCGCCGACGGAGAGAAGACCUCGCAAAGACCCGGUAACCCGUGUAGCAGCACCCCCCUGACGGCCGCCGUCCAGGUCGACGUCGACGUCGCCGACGCGGUCCUCCGCUCGAGAGGUAUGUCCCGGCGGUGGCCAUGCGGCCUGACCGGGCUGAUCGUGUAUGGAUCGUACAGCGGAAUCGUAAGUACGGAGUCCGCUUGUGCGGAAGAGCAGAACGCAGCAGCGGUCAACGGAAAUCCAGUCGCACGUCAAAAGGUGGAAUGAAUGUGUCUGUGCGCGUUGUGAUGUGCAUGUUAAUCACUUCAGCCCCCAGCGGUGCAUCUGCUGCGCGCUGCUGCCCCGCUCCCGCGGACGAUCAAGUUUUUAUUGAAGACGGUGCAUUGUGGAAUGAAUGGUGGUGCCUCGAGCAGACCUUGCCGCUCUCCCUCCCCUUCCCCCUUCCCACUCACCGUCUGCCUCCCCCUCGCGGCAGCACGCGUCGCGGCCAGGUGACCAUAAUCCUAUUCACUGGGUGUGCUAAACCGCUCCCCUCCGCUCCCCUCCCCCUCCCCGCCUCCCCCUCGACACGUGCCCUUUAAUUGGAAGCCACUUUUCAUUCAUUGUUAACGCGGCGUAGCGUCGCGUAGCGUGGCACAGCGUACUAGCAGAGCGCGGCGUGGCAGUCUGUGAUUUUGUCGAAUCCCGCUGGGACUUCGGCGGACGGACGGUUGGACGCACCGGGGCACAGGGGAACAACACGUGUCACCCGGUCGGCAUUAGCGCAAUAGCGCAAUCAGCGAGGUGCGAGA